AUGGGGCACGACGAAAUUCAUCAAGAUGAUGCUGCCGUGGAGGCUGGAGAAGUCUCCCGGCAGCGAUCGCUUCCAUAUCGGAUCUACACGCACUCGUGGUUCCAGAUCACCCUCAUUAGCUUCAUCUGCUUCUGUUGCCCAGGGAUGUACAACGCUCUCUCUGGCUUGGGAGGCUCCGGACAGGUUGACCCUACAGUUGCCGCGAACGCCACAGUAGCCUUGCUGGCUGCGACUGCUGCUACGGCUUUAUUUGUCGUUGGACCAAUCUUUGAUCGAGUCGGACCUCGAGUAUGCUUGCUGAUCGGAGGAUGGACUUACUCCUUGUACUCGGGCAGUCUACUAUGCUUCAGCCAUACCGCCAACGGAGCGUUUGUCAUCGCCGCCGGCGCCAUUCUCGGUAUCGGAGCGUCCUUUCUUUGGGUGGCUCAAGGCGCGAUCAUGACGACGUACGUACCUGAAUCCCAAAAAGGCCGGGCCAUUGCCGCAUUCUGGAUCAUCUUCAACCUAGGCGGCGGCGUGGGCUCCCUCGCCAGCUUCGGUCUCAACUACCACUCGCACAGCGGAACGGUCACGGACGGAACCUACAUCGCCCUGCUGAUAAUCAUGGUCAUCGGCUGGCUGCUAGGUGCCCUGAUCUGCCCGCCGGCUUCCGUCCGCGUGCAAGGACUGCAGCCCACGCCCGAGACGGAGACGAACUGGCACCGAACCGCCAAACUGACGGUCCAGACACUGACCGACUGGCGCGUUCUCUGCAUGAUUCCCAUGUUCUUCUGCGCCAACGUCUUCUACUCGUACCAGCAGAACAUCGUCAACGGGAUGACCUUCAACAUCCGCACGCGGUCCCUCAACGGGGCGCUGUACUGGAUGGCACAGAUGCUGGGCGGCCUUAUCAUCGGACUGAUUCUCGAUAUGCCGCGGGUGAACCGCCAGAACCGGGCCAGAGUGGGCUGGCUCUUCCUCUUCGUGACGGGGAUGGCCAUCUGGGGCGGGGGGUAUGCGUUCCAGAAAUGGUAUGACCGGCGCAGGGCACAUGGCCACAAGCAGGACAUCGACUACACGCAGAGCUCGCUAGCAACUGGUCCGAUCUUCUUGUAUAUCUUCUACGGAGCGUACGAUGCCUUUUGGCAGGGAUUCUGCUACUGGCUUAUGGGAGCUCGGUCGAAUUCGCCCGCCGUAGCGGCCAUUCUGGUCGGUGCGUACAAGACGUUCCAGGCGACCGGGGGUGCAAUGGCCUGGCGGUUGAAUGCGAUGGCCAAGCCGGCCAUGACGCAGUUUGCCAUGGACUGGGGACUGUGUAUGGGGGCGCUGGUUGUUGUCAUUCCGUCUGUGCUGGCUGUGACGCUGACCAGCGAAGUGCAGGAGGAAGUGAGACAGGCGAAGAACGAUGAUGAAUGA